GUAUUACCCAGCUCAGCCACCGCUUAUGUCAAUCAUCGCAUUCAUGUCAAGCAAACCGUCGAUGAAGUGCUUGACUUUGAUCGCCGACUCAUUAGCGACGACCGCAUAGAGCUGGCCAUUGAAGGCGUUCCCAUACAUCCACAUCCCAUCUCCCCAUACGAUGACAACGCAUUCGGGUAUCAAAUAAUCAGAAGAAGUAUUAGACAAGUAUUCAAUGAUACAGUGGUAGUGCCCGGAAUUAUGUUAGCCAACACUGACACCAGAUGGUAUCAAUCCUUAACGUCAGCCAUAUAUCGGUUCUCACCGUCCGUUUUAUUCCCUGAAGACACCAAAAGAUUUCAUGGACAUAACGAACGCAUAACUGUUGACAACUAUAUCAAAACAGUCAACUAUUAUCACCACAUUAUAGUGAACUCCGAUUAUAAGGAUAUUCCCGAUAGACAACCAGUAAAAGAUGAACUCUAAUCACUAAACCCUCUAAUAAUUUAAGAAAUUUAGUCUUUUUGUACAAAUGAUUAC